AUGAAUAUCAGCACAACAUCAAAUUCUCCUUCGGUCGAUGUAAGGUUUUAUCUGUUCACCCAGCUCGCCACAGGGAUCUCCCUGGUGAUUCUGUCGCCGAUAACAGUCAUUAGUAACCUCCUGUUAUUACUGACUAUUUACAAAGAUCCUCUCAAAUGUUUCCGUACACCUGCUUCGUAUCUCAUCAUCGCUUUAGGCUGUGUUGAUUUCACAACCGGUCUUGUUAUCGAGCCUCUCUUCGUUGCUUACCGCCUGACAAGUUAUUUGAAAUGGUCACUGUAUCCAGGCCGAUCAUACGAAAGCCUGCUAAGAAUUGGAAGUUCUAUUUCCACCGUAGGCCUCAACUUGUCAUUCUUGCUCGUUCUCGCUCUCAUUUGGUCACAGUUCCUUGCCAUAACUCACCCACAACGUUACCGCUCGGCCAUUACAACGCGCAGGAUCCUUGUAUUUGUUGGUGUCUCGACGCUGUACUUCACAGCUUUCACUCUUCUGCAAUUCAUCGGGGUCUCCCGAAGAAGCCUCCUUCAGAUAAAUCUCCAUUUCCAUGCCACAGUCAUAACAAUCCUGCUUUUUGUUGGUUCUGCUAUACUUCUGAGGUCACUUCACCGAUUUGCCAAAGAAUCUCGCCAAAAUGAAGACGAUGAAGACGAUGAAGACGAUGAAGGCUUGAGACAACUUACGGUGGCAACUUUGCUUCUAUCAGCAAUACUAAUAGCUUGCACUCUUGCUCAUAUCAUCACACUUAAUAUCUGGUUUUACACAGAACUGAAGACACCACAAGACACGCUUCAUCUCUCCGCUGCCAUUACAAUUGCAGACGAAAUGUUAUUUAUUAAGGUAGCUUCUGACGCAUUCGUUUACGCUUGGAGACUGCCAUACUACAGGAAGUCUCUGAAACUAGUGUUGACUCGUGCUAGGCAGCAAACUGGAAAUGAAGCCACUGAAAUGGUAACCAUGGCUUGA